AUGGUUCAGGUCCAAGAACCGUCUGCGAAGAGGAGAAAAGUGGAUGGAGGCGCGGGUGAAGACAGCUACCCGAGUGACUUCCAAGAUCUUCUAGAGGCCGAGAAUGAUCAAGGAGAGACGGACGAUGCCUGGCCGCGACCGCCGCUGCCCAAGGUCAACCCUGCAACAGACACUCUGGUUGCAGAGUCAUCGCUCCCUCAAUUUGGACCGACAUUGAGAUUGUUUGGUGUAACGAAGGGUGGCAACUCGAUGCUGGCCCAUGUCCACGGAUUUCGUCCUUACUUCUAUGUUGCUGCCCCUAGUGGAUUUCUCCAAUCCGACUUGACGCCUCUCAAAGAUACACUGAACACUGGCAGCCUUGCCGUUGCCGACUGUGAGAUCGCGAAUCGGAAGUCGCUCUGGGGAUACAGAGGCGAUGACAACGUCCCGUUUAUCAAGAUUGUGUGCACUGAGCCAAAAGCGCUCCCCAAAGUCAAAGAUAGGUCUCCAGCUUCUGGACUCGUUCAACCAGGAGACGAUGACGUACGAAAGCAACAUUCAGUUUCCUCUUCGCUUCAUGAUCGACACCAAGGUACGAGAGUGUUGGAUGCCGCCGCUGACGUGCAGCUUGUCGGUAUGAACUGGGUCGAAGUUCCGGCUGGAAAGUACUCAGUACUCCGAGGAUCAGAGAAGCGCUCGCGCUGCCAGUUGGAGUUCACUAUGCACUACUCGGAUCUCGUUUCGCAUGCGCCCGAAGGUGACUGGUUGACGAUUGCGCCACUCCGAGUCCUCAGUUUUGAUAUUGAGUGUGCAGGUCGCAAGGGUAUUUUCCCCGAAGCCAACAUCGAUCCUGUCAUCCAAAUCGCUGCGAUGGUAAUGCGACACGGAGAGAAGAAGCCUUUUGUCCGCAACGUGUUCACUCUCAAUACAUGUGCCCACAUUGUUGGAGCGCAAGUGAAGCAGUUCAUGGACGAGCGACAGCUCUUGUUGGCGUGGCGAGACUUUGUGCAGGAGGUGGACCCCGAUCUCGUGAUCGGCUACAACAUAUCCAACUUCGAUCUGCCGUACCUGCUCGACCGUGCAAAGGCACUGAAAAUCCCCGACUUCUCGUACCUUGGACGUCUGGAAGACACCCAUUUCUCUUCGAAAGCCUUUGGUCAGCGUGACUCCAAAGCAGUCAAUCUGGAUGGUCGCCUACAAAUGGAUAUCCUGCAAGUCAUUCAGCGCGAUUACAAGCUUCGAAGUUACACGCUGAACGCUGUUUGUGCUCAGUUUCUGGGGGAACAAAAGGAAGAUGUUCACCACUCCAUCAUCACCGAGCUUCAAAAUGGCACCGCCGAUUCGCGCCGUCGUCUUGCUGUUUACUGUUUGAAGCGACUUCUCGACCGUCUCAUGUGCCUCGUCAACUACACCGAACUGGCGCGAGUCACUGGUAUCCCGUUCAACGACGUAUUGACCCGUGGCCAGCAGAUUCGUGUCAUCUCGCAACUAUACCGGAACGCAAAGGACAAAGGCUAUCUGAUUCCCGCUAUGCGUAGUGAGGGCACGGACGAGCAGUACGAAGGUGCCACCGUCAUUGAGCCCUCUAAGGGUUAUUACGACACGCCUAUUGCGACACUCGAUUUCGCUUCGCUAUACCCGUCCAUUAUGAUGGCGCACAAUCUAUGCUACACCACGCUCGUGGACAAGGCAACAAUUCAGCGUUUGGGUCUCGUCGAAAACGAGGACUAUGUCCAGACUCCAAACAACGACUUCUUCAUGACCGAAAAGCGAAGGAAAGGGUUGUUGCCGCAUGUCUUGGAGAAUCUCCUUGGUGCACGUAAACGAGCCAAGGCCGAUCUCAAGGUGGAGAAAGAUCCGUUCAAACGCGCUGUUCUGGACGGACGUCAGCUUGCUCUGAAGAUCAGUGCCAACUCUGUGUAUGGCUUCACUGGUGCCACCAUUGGAAAGCUUCCCUGUUUGGCCAUCUCAACCUCUGUGACCGCAUACGGACGCCAGAUGAUUGACAUGACUAAGCGCGAGGUCGAGGCCCAGUACUCAAUCCAAAACGGUUACGACCACGACGCUCAAGUCAUUUACGGUGACACUGAUUCGGUCAUGGUGAAGUUUGGCUGCCCGGAUUUGCCGACAGCCAUGCGCUUGGGAGCGGAGGCCGCCGACCUCGUUUCCGCCAAGUUCAAAAAGCCAAUCAAACUGGAAUUCGAGAAGGUGUACUUUCCUUAUCUGCUCAUCAGCAAAAAGAGGUACGCAGGUCUCUACUGGACUAGACCGGACAAGUACGAUAAGAUGGACACGAAGGGUAUCGAGCAAACGAUCGCCGAUCUUCUCCAAAACAAAAUUGAUAUGUCUCAACUCGUCAUCACUAAGGCGCUGGCCAAGCUCGAGAGGAUGAAGAAAAGAGAUGCCGGUUCCGCUCCUGCGCUGGGAGACCGUGUGGCGUAUGUGAUUGUCAAAGGUAUCAAGGGUGCGGCCGCAUACGAAAAGUCCGAAGACCCUCUCUACGUCUUGGAGAACAACGUUCCUAUCGACACCCGUUACUACCUGGAGAACCAGCUGUCGAAGCCGCUGAUGCGAAUCUUCGAACCCAUUCUGGGCUCUCGAGCUAACAGUUUGUUGUCCGGUGAACACACUCGCAGCAUCCAGAUUGCCACGCCGACCGUCGGCGGUCUCAUGAAGUUUGCGGUGAAGACAGCGACGUGUCUUGGUUGCCGAACCCCAUUGAAGGGCUCGAAGGGUGCGUUUCCGUACGGGAGAACCUGA